AUGUCACGAUCUGCAGACGACCGAGUGCGACGCGCGGAAUCCUUAGCUCAGGAGGCGACGGCCGACUUGGCCAAAGAGCGCGACAACGCAUUGGCGCUGGAGAAAGAAAAACUCGGUCUGGAGAGAACGAUCAAAGAGCUCAACUCGCGCGUUCUGGACUUGGAAGCGACCGCCUUAUCGCGCGACGCCGGAUCAUCACGUCGUCUCGAAGCCCGCGUAGAGGAGUUGAGCACGCAACUCGACAACGAGACGAAGGAGAAGUUGGAGAUUCAGAAGAACGCUAGAAAGACCGAUCGGGUUAUUCGUGAGCUGCAGUUCCAGCUUGGGGAGCGAGACAAACAGAAGCAGCGGUAUGAGGAGGAAACGGACAAAUGGGAACAGAAACUGAAGAGAAUGAAGUCUCAGCUUGAGGAAUUGGAAACCUCCGAGAGCAACCUGCAAUUGUCAAAGCGCCGCGCUGAAAGAGAAGCCAACGAGUACCGCGAUCGUGCACUAAGAUUUGAGAAAGAGAACGAGAAACUCAAAAUGCGCAUAGACCGAGCUGCCUCCGCAUUUUAA